UCUUCUACGUCAUGUUGGAAGUCGGAGCCCGUCUACCUCCAGUGACAUGGCGGCGGCGGACGUGGAAGACGAGAGCCUCCUGGCCUCGGUGUUCAGGAGUAGUUUCCCGGAGAGCUGGAGGGACAGCCCGGACUACGCCGCCUACCUGCAGGAGCUGAGCUCGUUCGGGGUGGAGAAGCUGCGGCGAGAGCCGGAGAGGCUGGCGGAGGAGCGGGCGCAGAUCCUGCAGCAGACCCGGGACCUGGCCUUCACUCACUACAAGACCUUCAUCCGCACGGCCGAGUGCACCGAGCUCAUCUACCGGGACUUCGGGCAGGUGGAGGGCAAUGUGUCCCGGCUGCUCGGCAAGCUGCCCGGCUUCCAGGAGAGCUGCAGGGGGUUUGUGAAGCAGGCGGAGGAGAUCAGCUCCAGCCGGCGGAUGAACACGCUGACCCUGAACCGGCACACGGAGAUCCUGGAAAUCCUGGAGAUCCCGCAGCUGAUGGACACGUGUGUGCGCAACGGUUACUACGAGGAGGCGCUGGAGCUGGCCGCCUACGUGAAGCGGCUGGAGAAGAAGUUCUCUGCCAUCCCGGUCAUUCAGGACAUAGUGACCGAGGUCCGCCAGUCUGCGCAGCUGAUGCUGACCCAGCUCCUCCAGCAGCUGCGCAGUAACAUCCAGCUCCCGGCCUGCUUGCGGGUGAUCGGCUACCUGCGCAGGAUGGACGUCUUCACUGAAGCGGAGUUACGUAUCAAGUUUCUGCAGGCCCGGGAUUUCUGGCUCCGCUCCAUGCAGAGCUCCAUCCCUCAAGACGACCCGUAUUUCCAUCUCACCAAAACCAUUGAGAGCUGCCGGGUGCACCUCUUCGAUGUCAUCACACAGUACCGGGCCAUCUUCUCCGACGAAGACCCCCUGCUCCUCCCACCUCUUCCUGCAGGCUUUUUGCCGGUCAGCGAAGGGGCCAUUUUCCACGGUUGGGUGUUGCAGAAAGUGAGCGAGUUCCUGCAGGUGCUAGAAGUCGAUCUUCAGAGAGGCGUGGGCAGUCGCCUGGACUCUCUCUUAGGCCAGUGCAUGUACUUUGGACUUUCCUUCAGCCGGGUGGGUGUAGAUUUCCGCGGGCAGCUGGCCCCCAUCUUCCAGAGGGUCGCUGCAGAGAACUUUUCACGGGCAGCAAAGGAGGCAGUGGAGAAAUUCCUGGAGGAGAUGAACAUGUACACGCUGAUCUCCUCCACUUCAGUCCUGAGCUCCAGCAUCCCACCGGGGCCAGCACCUCCUGCCCAGCCCGGGACCCUGCAGCCUCCAAUGGUUCUCCUGGACUUCCCGCCCUUGGCCUGCUUUCUCAACAACAUCCUUGUGGCCUUCAAUGACCUGCGACUCUGUUGUCCAGUGGCUUUAACUCAGGAAGUGACCAACACGUUGCAGGAGGCUUUGGAAAAGGCCGUUAAAUCCAUCCUGACUUUCCACCGAGCAGAAGAAGCUGCUUUCAGCCCCCAGGAACGUGAACUCUUCACCCAGUUCUGCACAGUCUUCUUGGAGGACCUGACCCCGUAUCUGAACCGCUGCUUGCAGCUCCUCUUUCCUCCAGCACAGAGGGCGCAGAUACUUGGUGUCGCCCCUACUCACCUCUCCCGCUACGGCGAUUUGGGUUCCAUCAAUGUUACUCCCCUGCAUGAAGCCUUGGAGGGCAUAUUACCUCAGAAGGAGCCUGAAGUGAUUCCUGCACCUCAGGCUGAGCUGGAGAAGUCUCAACCACCUCUGGAGAACACGAAGACAAAGGACGAUGCACAGGUGGUAUCGCCGGCAGCCGCGCCGGACCCCCCGGCAGGAGAUGCCUGACAACUGCACCUAGUGUGAACGAACUCUAACUUGGGGAUGGGGGUCUGUCCAUUACCAAUAUCCACAGCGUCUGACGUUUACAGUGCUAUAAAAUAUGCGAACAUAAGUUAUUGAUUGAUUGAUACUUCUACUUGGGAAACCGCUCGUGUCCUUGCAACCAAUCAGAAGUGACGUAUCGAAAGCUGCAAUCUGAUUGGUUGUAAGGAGGAUCGGUGUUUCCUAUGCCGCGUCUGAUCCUGUCUGAAAUCAUUAAAAUGAAAUGAUACUUCUCCGUGUAUAGUAGAAGAAUUCUCCGUAUUAAAAUCUAAUUAUUUUACGAUG